GCCCUCCCCUUUCCCAAUUUUGGGAAGACCUUUCUUUCCCACUUCUCACUCGGGGGUCCUAUUAACUCUCCUCGAGUCAGUCUCACGGAUCCACAGCAAGAGCCGAGUGCAGCUGCGAUCGUCCCGAGUGUUACAGCCAGCCAGCCCUGGGACUCUGCUGUGGGAGGGCAACAAAAGUAGAUUGGAACUGAGGUUUGAGAGAACUCAAGCGGAAACUGACUUCUGUGUGAUUGUGGAAGUAGCCCAAAGGUGGCCAUGUGGACCUCCUGGUUCAGGAGGUUAGUCCUCGUUUGGACAAUGGUGUCUUGGACCUCAGCCCAACCACCCCGUUCUCUGGGAGAUGGGGCCUAUGAAGCCAGCAGAUUCUCCGUGGGAAUUGAUGAAAGAGAUGCUGCUAACCGCGUGAGACGCAGGGGCCAGGAAUCACUUCGUGGCCCCAAUGUGUGUGGUUCAAGGUUUCACUCCUAUUGUUGUCCAGGAUGGAAGACCUUACCAGGAGGAAACCAGUGCAUCGUGCCUAUCUGCAGGAACACAUGUGCAGAGGGCUUCUGCUCACGUCCCAACUUGUGUACUUGCUCUAAUGGGCAGCUCUCACCCAGCUGUGGCGCUCAGGCAGUGCAGUCCUGUAAUGUCCGCUGUAUGAAUGGAGGUAGCUGCAAUGAAGACUCCUGUUCGUGUCAAAAAGGCUACACAGGAACUCAUUGUGGGCAGCCCGUCUGUGAAAAUGGCUGUCAGAACGGGGGACGCUGUAUUGGACCUAACCGCUGUGCCUGCGUCUACGGCUUUACUGGGCCCCAGUGUGAGAGAGAUUACCGCACUGGACCAUGCUUCACACAAGUCAACAAUCAAAUGUGCCAAGGGCAGGUCAGUGGAAUUGUCUGCACCAAGACCUUGUGCUGUGCCACUAUUGGACGUGCUUGGGGUCAUCCUUGUGAAAUGUGCCCAGCUCAACCACACCCUUGCCGCAGAGGUUUCAUCCCCAACAUCCGUACAGGGGCUUGUCAAGAUGUGGACGAGUGCCAGGCAAUACCAGGGCUAUGCCAGGGAGGAAACUGCAUCAACACAGUAGGUUCUUACGAAUGCAAGUGCCCAGCAGGGCACCGGCAGAGCGAGACCAACCAAAAGUGUGAGGACAUCGACGAAUGCAGUACCAUCUCAGGCGUGUGUGAUGGGGGAGAGUGUACCAACACAGUUGGUAGCUACGUGUGCACGUGUCCACGUGGAUAUAUUACAAGCCCAGAUGGAUCUCGUUGUGUUGAUCAGCGUCGGGGGUCAUGUUAUGCUGCUCUUGCUAAUGGACGUUGUGCUGAAGAACUACGUGGCUCAUUUACCAAGAUGCAGUGCUGCUGUGAAUCUGGUCGCUGCUGGGCUGCUGUCCAUUUCCCGGAGAUGUGUCCUGUGAGAGGCUCCGAUGAGUACCGGAGACUGUGCAUAGUUGGUGUUCCCCACAAUGGAGGUGGAGGUGUUGGUGGUGGUGGAGGAAAUGGUGGCUUUCCUGGCUCAAACAACAUUGACUUUGGUAAUGGGAAUGGUGGACCUGGGAAUGGAGGUGGCAAUGGAAUGGGACCCUCCAAGAUAGAUACUUUGAACCAGACAACAGAUUUCUGCAAGCACUUCACCAACCUCUGCUUGAAUGGACGAUGCAUUCCAACACCAUCCAGCUACCGCUGCGAGUGCAACAUGGGCUUCCGACAGGAUGUUCGUGGGGAAUGUAUUGAUGUUGAUGAGUGUUCCAGUAGCCCUUGUGUUAAUGGAGACUGUGUGAACAAUCCAGGAUCGUACUACUGCAAGUGCCAUGAAGGAUAUCAGAGCACCCCGACAAAACAAGCUUGUAUUGAUAUUGAUGAGUGCAUUAUGAAUGGUAUUAUGUGUCGAAAUGGGCGCUGUGUGAACACGGAUGGCAGCUUUCAGUGCAUCUGUAAUGCUGGCUUUGAACUUACUCCUGAUGGCAAGAACUGUGCAGAUUAUGAUGAGUGUGCCACCACAAAUAUGUGCCUGAAUGGAAUGUGCAUCAAUGAGGAUGGCAGCUUCAAGUGCAUCUGCAAACCAGGAUUUUUCCUGGCUCCGAAUGGGCGCUACUGUACAGAUAUUGAUGAAUGCCAGACCCCUGGAAUCUGCAUGAAUGGUCGCUGCAUCAAUACAGAAGGGUCUUUCCGCUGUGAAUGCCUACCUGGCUUGGCAAUUGAUGUGGAUGGUCGUGUAUGUGUGGACACACACAUGCGCAGCACGUGCUACAGCAGCAUAAAGAAAGGGAUCUGCACACAGUCCUCUCAGAGAGCCACCACAAAGUCAGAAUGCUGUUGUGCUAACCCAGAGCAUGCCUUUGGAGAGCCAUGUCAGCCAUGCCCCGCCAAGAACUCAGCUGAAUUUCAGGCCCUGUGCAGCAGUGGGAUUGGCAUCACUGUAGAUGGAAGAGACAUUAAUGAAUGCGCUCUCAUCCCUGACAUCUGUCAGUAUGGCACAUGUGAGAACCUGUUGGGCAGCUACCGUUGCAUCUGCAAUAUUGGAUAUGAGUCGGAUCCCAGCGGCAAGGUCUGCAUAGAUGUGGAUGAGUGCAAUGUGAACCGGCUGCUUUGUGAUAAUGGGUUGUGCCGAAACACUCCUGGAAGUUACACCUGCACCUGUCCAAAGGGUUUUGUAUUCAAAUCGGAUUCUGAGACCUGCGAAGAUGUGAAUGAGUGUGAGUCCAAACCCUGUGUGAAUGGAAUAUGCCGUAACACAGCUGGCUCUUUCCACUGCGAGUGUUCCCAUGGUAGUAAACUAGACUCCAGCAACACAGUUUGCGUGGACAGCAUGAAAGGAACCUGCUGGCUCAAUAUUCAAGAUGGCCGCUGUGAAGUAAACAUUAACGGUGCAACCCUCAAGUCAGAGUGCUGCUCCACUCUAGGUGCAGCUUGGGGCAGCCCAUGUGAGCGCUGUGAAAUUGAUACUGCCUGCUCCAGAGGCUUUGCUCGUACGAAAGGAGUCCAGUGUGAAGAUGUGAACGAGUGUGAUGUGUUCCCCGGAAUCUGCACCAAUGGGCAAUGUGUAAACACUCAGGGCUCCUUCCGGUGUGAAUGCCCACCAGGGCUCACCUUGGAUGGCACAGGCAGGACUUGCAUGGAUGUACGCCUGGAACACUGUUACAUGAAAUGGGAGGAAGAUGAAUGUGGUGAGCCACUCCCAGGAAAAUUCCGCGUUGAUUCGUGCUGCUGCUCAGUUGGUGCUGCAUGGGGUUUUGACUGUGAAGAGUGUCCAAAACCAGGAACCAAGGAGUAUGAGGCCAUCUGCCCCAGAGGGCCAGGUUUUGCCAUCCGUGGUGAAGUCCUAACUGGAAGGCCGUUCUACAAAGAUGUAAAUGAAUGCAAAGUGUUCCCCAGCCUCUGCUCCCAUGGAACAUGUCGCAACACUAUUGGAAGUUUUAGAUGCCGUUGUAACAGUGGCUUUGCCCUCAAUGCAGAGGAGAGAAACUGCACAGAUAUCGAUGAGUGCCGUAUCUCCCCUGACCUGUGUGGUCAUGGCAGCUGUGUGAACACACCAGGAAGCUUUGACUGUGAAUGUUUUGAAGGCUAUGAGAGUGGAUUCAUGAUGAUGAAGAACUGCAUGGACAUCGAUGAGUGUGAGAGGGAUCCUCUACUGUGCCGUGGUGGUACUUGCAUCAACACUGAUGGGAGCUUUGAGUGCACCUGCCCUCCAGGCCAUGAGCUUAGUUCUGAUGGGGUGUCCUGUGUUGAUGUUAAUGAAUGUGAGCUCAGCGAGAACCUAUGCAGAAAUGGACGUUGUGUGAACAUGGCUGGCACUUACCAGUGCUCUUGCAACCCUGGUUAUCAGGGCACUCCUGAUAGGCAAGGAUGUGUUGAUAUCGAUGAAUGCACAAUCAUGAAUGGAGGAUGUGAUUCUCAUUGUACCAACUCGGAGGGCAGUUAUGAGUGCAGCUGUCGUGAGGGUUAUGCCCUGAUGCCUGAUAAGAGAACCUGUGCAGAUAUUGAUGAGUGUGAAGACACCCCAGAUAUCUGUGAUGGAGGCCAAUGCACCAACAUCCCUGGGGAGUACCGCUGCCUCUGCUACGAUGGCUUCAUGGCCUCCAUGGAUAUGAAAACCUGCAUUGAUGUCAAUGAAUGUGACCUGAACCCCAACAUCUGUCUACAUGGGAGCUGUGAGAAUACCAAGGGAUCUUUUAUUUGUCAUUGCCAACUGGGUUAUUUUGUGAAGAAAGGAAGCACAGGGUGCACUGAUAUUGAUGAGUGUGAAAUUGGAGCACACAAUUGUGACAUGCAUGCAGCUUGUGUGAAUGUUCCAGGGAGCUUCAAGUGUCGCUGUCGUGAUGGAUGGAUAGGGAAUGGGCUGAAGUGUACAGACUUGGAUGAGUGUGCCACAGAGGACCACAACUGUAACCUUAAUGCCAACUGCGUCAACACACCAGGCUCUUACCGCUGUGCGUGCAAAGAUGGCUUUAGUGGAGAUGGUUUCUCCUGCUCAGAUGUUGAUGAAUGUGCCGACAAUGUAAACCUUUGUGAGAAUGGGCAGUGCCUAAAUGCUCCAGGAGGCUACCGCUGUGAGUGUGAGAUGGGCUUCACCCCUACUGAGGACAGCAAAGCAUGUCAGGACAUUGACGAAUGCACAUUCCAGAAUAUCUGUGUCUUUGGAACUUGCCAGAACCUGCCUGGAAUGUUCCGAUGCAUUUGCGAUGAUGGAUAUGAGUUGGACCGUGGUGGUGGCAACUGCACAGAUGUCAACGAAUGUGCUGAUCCUGUGAACUGCAUCAAUGGCCUGUGUGUUAAUACUCCUGGAAGCUACCUUUGCAACUGUCCUCCUGACUUUGAGCUUAACCCAACUGGGGUAGGCUGUGUUGAUACACGUGUUGGGAACUGCUUCCUGUCCACCCUAGACAGAGGAGAUGGUGGUAUUUCUUGCAGUGCUGAGAUUGGUGUUGGUGUCACUCGGGCCUCAUGCUGCUGUUCCCGUGGUGGUGCCUGGGGCAACCCCUGUGAAUUGUGCCCUCCUGUAAACUCAACGGAAUACAAGACUUUGUGUCCUGGAGGAGAAGGGUUCCGUCCAAACCCAAUUACUGUCAUUUUGGAGGACAUCGAUGAAUGCCAAGAACUGCCUGGCUUGUGCCAGGGAGGAAAUUGUUUUAACACUUUUGGAAGUUUCCAGUGUGAGUGUCCAUUAGGUUACUACCUCAAUGAAGAUACACGAAUCUGUGAAGAUAUUGAUGAGUGCACCGCCCAUAUUGGAAUCUGUGGCCCUGGAACCUGUUACAAUACACUGGGCAAUUACACUUGCGUCUGCCCUCCUGAGUACAUGCAAGUCAAUGGAGGCAACAAUUGUAUGGACAUGAGGAAAAGCUUGUGCUACCGCAACUUUAAUGACACCUGUGAAAAUGAGCUGUCUUUUAACAUGACCAAGAAAAUGUGCUGCUGCUCCUACAAUGUGGGCAAGGCCUGGAACAAACCAUGUGAGGCAUGUCCCACCCCAGCCACACCGGAGUACCAGAUUCUGUGUGGUAACCAAGCACCUGGAUUCAUCAUUGACAUUCACACAGGAAAACCAAUAGAUAUCGAUGAAUGCCGUGAAAUCCCUGGAAUCUGUGCCAAUGGUGUAUGCAUCAACCAAAUUGGUAGUUUCCGCUGUGAAUGUCCCAUGGGCUUCAGCUACAAUAACAUCUUACUCAUCUGUGAAGACAUUGAUGAGUGCAAUAGUGGUGAUAUCCUCUGCCAGCGAAAUGCCAACUGCAUUAAUAUCCCUGGGAGCUACCGCUGUGAAUGCUCUCCUGGUUUCAAGCUGUCCCCCACAGGAGCCUGUAUAGAUCGCAAUGAAUGCCAGGAAAUUCCCAAUGUCUGUAGCCAUGGAGAGUGUAUUGACACUCAAGGUAGCUACCGCUGCGCUUGCCACAAUGGUUUCAAAGCUACUGCUGACUUAACCAUGUGUAUGGAUAUUGAUGAGUGUGACCGGCAGCCAUGUGGAAAUGGCACCUGUAAGAACACGGUGGGCUCCUAUAAUUGCUUGUGCUUCCCAGGCUUUGAGCUGACUCAUAACAAUGACUGUAUGGAUGUGGAUGAAUGUUCAGCUCUAAUUGGCCAGGUGUGCCGUAAUGGUCAGUGUAUCAACAGACUGGGUUCCUUCCAGUGUCUUUGCCAAGAAGGCUUUGAAUUGACACCCGAUGGAAAGAACUGCAUUGACAUCAAUGAGUGUAUUAGCUUCCCUGGUACCUGCUCUCCUGGCACAUGCCAGAAUCUGGAUGGCACAUUCCGCUGUAUCUGCCCUCCGGGCUAUUCAGUUCAGAAUGACCACUGCAUUGAUAUUGACGAAUGUAAGGAGGAGCCCAACCUUUGUAUGUUCGGGACUUGCACCAACAUCCCUGGUGGCUUUCAGUGCAACUGCCAACCAGGUUAUGUUUUGUCUGACAACGGCAGGCGCUGCUUUGACACACGUCAGAGUUUCUGUUUCACCCGCUUCGAUGCUGGCAAAUGUUCAGUACCAAAAGCCUUCAACACAACCAAGGCCAAGUGCUGCUGCAGCAAAAUGCCUGGAGAGGGCUGGGGAGACCCUUGUGAGCUUUGCCCACAGGAAGGAGAGGUAACCUUCCAGGAUCUGUGCCCUUUUGGCCAUGGGGUGAUCCAAGGCAAUGGGAACACCCGUGAAGAUGUGAAUGAGUGCUUAGAAAACCCUGGUGUUUGUGUGAAUGGAGUGUGCAUCAACACAGAUGGCUCCUUCCGCUGUGAGUGCCCCUUUGGCUACAACCUGGACUACACUGGAGUCAACUGUGUUGACACUGAUGAGUGUCUGAUUGGCAACCCCUGUGGCAAUGGAACCUGCUCCAAUGUUGUGGGUGGUUUUGAGUGUGCCUGUGAUGAAGGAUUUGAACCUGGACCCAUGAUGACCUGUGAAGACAUCAAUGAGUGCUCCCUGAACCCACUGCUCUGUGCCUUCCGAUGUGUCAACACUUUUGGCUCUUAUGAAUGCACCUGCCCAGCUGGGUACACCCUGAGGGAUGACAGGCGAAUGUGCAGAGACCAGGAUGAGUGUGCUGAGGGUCUGCAUGACUGCGAAUCUCGAGGGAUGUUGUGUAAAAACCUUAUUGGGAACUUCAUGUGCAUCUGUCCACCUGGCAUGCAGCGCCACCCAGAUGGGGAGAGCUGUAUUGAUGAGAAUGAGUGUCGCACAAAACCAGGCAUCUGCAAGAAUGGCCGCUGUAUCAAUACAGAGGGUAGUUUCCGAUGCCAGUGCAACGAGGGUUUCCAGGUCAGCGUUACUGGCACUGAAUGUAUUGAUAACCGUCAGGGCUUCUGCUUCACUGAGGUACUCCAGGUCAUGUGUCAACAGUCCUCCACCAACCGCAACACUGUCACCAAAUCCGAAUGUUGUUGCAAUGGAGGUCGUGGCUGGGGAUCCCACUGUGAGAUCUGCCCUCUGCCAGGUACCACACAAUACAAGAAAAUGUGUCCAUUAGGUCCUGGAUACACAACAGAUGGAAGAGAUAUUGACGAGUGUCGUGUACUGCCAAACCUUUGCAAGAACGGCCAGUGUGUGAACACCAUUGGGUCAUAUCGUUGCCACUGUAACAAUGGCUACACCAGCGACCUGACCAGCACAUCUUGUGUCGACAUGGAUGAAUGUGCCCAGUCUCCAAAACCCUGCAACUUUAUAUGUAAGAACACAGAGGGUAGCUACUUAUGCUCCUGUCCCAGAGGGUACAUUCUGCAACCUGAUGGCAAAACCUGCAAAGACCUUGAUGAAUGUUCCACUAAGCAACAUAAUUGCCAGUUCCUCUGUGUUAACACCAUUGGAGGUUUCACCUGCAAGUGCCCACCUGGUUUCACACAGCACCAGUCUGCCUGCAUUGACAAUAAUGAGUGCAGUUCCCAGAGCAAUGUGUGUGGGUCCAAGGGAAUGUGUCAAAAUACCCCAGGAAGCUUUAGCUGUGACUGUCAAAAGGGAUUCUCUCUUGAUGGAACAGGGCAAAACUGUGAAGAUGUAGAUGAAUGCGUUGGAAACCACCGUUGCCAGCAUGGUUGCCAGAAUAUGCUGGGUGGUUACCGUUGUGGAUGCCCACAAGGUUAUGUUCAGCACUACCAGUGGAACCAGUGCGUAGAUGAGAAUGAGUGUGCCGGAGCACAGAUCUGCGGCUCUGCCUCCUGCUACAAUACACUGGGUAGCUUUAAGUGUGUUUGUCCGUCUGGCUUUGAUUUUGAACAAAAUGCUGGUGGCUGCCAAGAUGUAAAUGAAUGCAGUUCAGACAGUAAUCCAUGCAGCUAUGGCUGCUCAAACACCGAUGGUGGCUACCUAUGUGGCUGCCCAGGUGGCUACUUCAGAGCAGGGCAAGGCCAUUGCAUCACUGGUGCUGGCUUCAGCCAAGUCCCAUACCUGACCUCACAGCCUGAAGAGGAUGAUGAGAGUGCCCUUUCCCCAGAGGCUUGUUAUGAAUGCAAGAUCAAUGGUGACCAAAAGAAGAGACGCCAGAGACGAAACAUUGAAGAAAAUGAAAUACAGAAGGAUUCCCUAAAUCUAGCCAGUGUAGACAUUGAUUCAUCUAUACCAAUGAAUUUGAGUCUGGCAGCUAUCCAGAAGGAACCCAUCCUUGAACUAUUGCCUGCAAUCGAACCCUUGGAGCGGCAUGUACGCUAUAUCAUCAGUAAAGGCAAUGAGGAUGCCCACUUCCGUAUCCUGCAACGACGUGAUGGAAAGAGUGUGUUACGAUUUGGACGCAAGUUACCUCCUCCUGGCAGCUAUCGACUGGAAAUUGCCAGCGUGCGUCUCUUUGGGCCACAGGAGCUGCGUCACCUGGAAGAUGAACAUGACAUAGACUACCUCCUUGGGGAGACUGGUGAUGCCCUGCGACUCAAACUCAACCUUCACCUGCAUUAGGCAUCUGAGACUCACUGCCUGCCCUUGUCAGUGGCACUGCAGAGAUGCUGACACUUUGGAAAAAACAGAUUCUUCUUCUACUGCCAACACCCCCUCCCCACCCCUUCCCGUUUUACCUUACCUGAGCUGCAAUUGCCAAGCUGGAAGGCACCCCCAAGUCAUUUGAGGUUUGUGUUUCACUUCCUAGAGAAAAAUGAAAACAGCAGAUUGUCAUUCAGUUUGACAGCCAUGGGAAAUGAAGAGCACCACAGCCAGAGUUCGACAAGGAAGCUUGUUCAGCUUUUUACUUUCUGCUGUUUUCUUAGUCUGGGAAAGUUUGACACUUUAUGUGCCCCCUGCUGUUUCUGCUCUUACACACUGGAAGGGCUCUUAAUCAGCUACAGAUACAACCUGAAGGGCUGCCAAUGUGUUCAUAAGUGCCUUACCCAGUGGCCUCAAAUCAGCACUCUCUUUACUGUAAUACUAAGGGUGCCAUCAUCCUGGGGUCAAAGGUGAAGUGUUAGCAGUGUCUAAAUUCAAUUUUUGUCAGUAUUCUGUAUAAUGUUAAAAAUUAAUUUAAAAAAAAAAGAUAGAUAGAGGACUGCAAAUGUUAAACCUCCAUUUCAGGACUUGGGCAGAAGUCCGAACGAGUGCAAUAACUUGCUGGUGCUGUUUCAGGGUCAAAGGUCAUCUCUCAUUACUUCCCCUGGUGCUUCUGUGCCUCCCGGUGUGUGCGUGACACUAUCAUCUGCAUGUGUGCAGCUCUAAAGAAAAUUGCAAGUUGCUACUAUUGCUUAUAUUAAUAGAACUUAAGCAAUGUUGGCACUGACUGUAUAGCACAAGCCCCCUAAGCUUCCCUCCAUUAGCACAAAUACCACUUGUUCUUUUUACAGCAUUCAUGGAAAAUUGUGUGAAAGUUGCAUUUCUCUCUCUCCACAUGGAGAGGGUCCUGUACAUACCAGUUUUUCCUCACCUCUUCCAAAUCGGCUCAUGGUGCUUCUUGGUGAGUAACAAUGUGACAUCACUAUCAGGGCUGCCAGAUGGGGAGGAGGUAAGGCCAUUGUGUUUGUGAAAAUACAACUUUUGGGUGCCAAAGCAAAAAACCUAACAAUCAGCCUGUUGAGCCAACUUAAGUUAAAGAUGGAAGUGCCUUCAAAACCUGCAAACAAUGCAAAAAAAUCAAGCAGUUGUCCAAAAAUGAAACAAUUACCUCAUUUAGAUGCUGUGCCUUGCUGUGCUGUCCUUAGGAAGAAGCACCUGUUCAAUCUGCUGUUGCUGGGAGCAAUGUGUGCUUCUUUUUAUUUUUUUGAUAGGUUUGGAUUGACAUGUCUGCAGAGCACUCCCAUCACGAUUUGCCUCCAUACUUAUGACCACCUCACCUUUCCGUAGUGAUCUGCAAUUCUGUAGUUAAAGGGCUUAUUCAUUUAAUUUAGUCACAAUUUCUCGUGAGGUGUUACUUUUAUGAUGUUUCCUUUUAAAUACUGUUCCUUGUCUCCUGCAGUUGAUUGAAUGAUUUAAUUCCAGCAGUUGGAGGGCAAUGCCUUCACAGACUGGGGGCCUAUUAAAUUCCACCCUUUAAAAAAAAUUCUGUGUUUUUUUUUUGCCAUGUUUAUGAUUUAGAUUGACCCCCCCAAGGUGUUGAUGAGUCUUUUUCAUGAAAAGGUGUCAAGGUUCCUUUUUUCCUAUAGCUUGAAAGCAUGUUCAGCUUGACCUUUCAUUGGAGUCGGGAGAGCGGAGGGGGCAUGUUAUGCUGCAUCAGCCUCAUGCACACCACCAGCACACUGGAGCACCCACCUCACUGAAAACAUGUUCAUCAGGUGUUUAAAUCAGUGGUGCUAAAAGAUUGCCUCCGAACAGUCCGGGAAUCGGAAAAGCAGUCACAUUAAUAACAUUCUCUGUGAGGUUUUUCAUUUUCUCUUUAAUUUUGUUUUUUUUUUUUUUUGCAAAUUGUGUUUAAAGCUGAAAAACCAAAUAUUUGUAAACCUGCUUUUAAAACUAAGGUAAAUGUAUAUUUUAAAUGAAGUGUAGAUGUUUUUUUUUGUGUUUUUGCUUUUACCAAGGCUGCCUAAUACUUCUUUCUCUUCUUUUGUGGUGGACUGCCUGAGAGCAUUAAGGUGCCAAGGCCUAACUAUUGAGACACUUGUGCCCAUCUCCUACUUCUGCUUGUUUUUUUGCAGAAGUAUAUACUUUUUGAAGGAUGUAGACAUGGCACUUUAUGUAGACAUGACUUGUCUGAAAUGAAAGUUUGUGUUAACUGCUACCAAACUGCUGAAGAAGCCUCAGGUGGUAAAGUGUCAAACAAGCCUGGCAACAUCCCCUCUAAAACCCAUCGGUUUUGGUACCUGACAGCUCUUCUCCCAUACCUGCGUACUGUACUCUGCCUUGGAUAUAUUUAUGCAUAAUCAAUCUUUUUUCUUUUUUUUUUAAACUGUUUUCCAUGGCGUUAUUCUUAUUUUAAUAACUUUGCCACUACAUGUAAAAGCCGUGCACUGUAUACCAGCUGAGUGUGGAUCUCGUGUCUCAAGGUUUUUGUGUGAGCGACUGAGCCAGAAAGCACAGUUGUCUCUAUAAAUGUACUGUCCUCUUUAAAGAGAGUGUGAGCACGUGAUCAUACCAGCAUGUUGUCCAGUGGGAGCACAUAGUCUGUACUUGCAGUUUUAUUGGCUCUGGCAGACAUUUUUUGUGUUUUGUUUUUAAUUUUGUAUCUGAAACAUCUGUGGCAAUAAAAAAUAUUGUGGUUUAUAUUUUUAAA